AUGAACGUCUACAUUAUUGCCUUCCGGAGAUCUCCAGCAAUCCUCGAGAAGUGCAAGGUCGCUCUGCCACUCGGAGCGUUUAUUCGCAUUAUUGAUCAGCUCGGCAACGAAUCACCGAAGAUGAAUUGUAUCAUUGAGCAAACCAGCAGGAAACAGUCCAUUACUCGCAACAAAUUCAAUGAGUUCUGUGACGAUUAUGGCUUGAAGCUAGAUCUUGUGUUAGGUGCAGGACUUCAUGGAAGCCUGCUAUGUCAGAUUGUGUAG